AUUAGUCGCAAACCUUACCUAUCUCUCGACUUUUGCUUUGUACUAUAUCCAUUUCUACCUACUGCCGAAAUACUUCACGAAGCUAUACGACGCUACUAUUUCAGAGACACCAGCGGUUAUUUCUCUCUUGAUCUUUUUUACGACUUGAUUAUACUUUUUAACGACUGUUCCGAAAGUCGAUCAUACGAAAUGUCUGCCGUUGGAAAAGCACCCAAGGUCGGAUCAAAGACCGGUUCUCCCGCCAAGCUGCGCAAGGCCUCCGGUUCCAGCGCUGUCUCGAAGCCCAGCAACCCAGAAACCCCAGCAAAGUCCGUCAAGAAGACACCAGCCAAGAAGCUUACCCCGAAGGCCCCCGAGCCUAUCCAAGACGACGUCGACGAUGUUUCGGUCCCUGAGACCCCUUCACCAAAGUCCAAGAAGAGGAUGCCUUCCUCCGAACAGCGCCGCCCUAGGUCUCCACCCGAUGAUGCCGUCUCCCAGGCUUCAGGAUCCGCGGCUCCCCUGGGUAAAGGCGCUUCUGGUUUGAGCAAGAAGGCCAAGGACACUGCUGGACAGGCAAAGGAUACUGCCUCUAAGGGUGCUGAGACCGUCACCAACAACGUCCCGCUCGAUCUAUCUGCUUUGAAGGGUCUUUCCAUUGCAGAUGGUGGUGAGGUCUUGGGGAAGGACGGUACCCCUCUCGGCAAGGUCGUUGAGGGUGACCCCGAGGACCUGGUCGGUCAGACCGUCGGAGACGAUGGCGAGAUCGUCGACGAGGAUGGUGACCUGAUUGGCCGCGUGGACAUUCUCCACGAUGUUGCUGACCAGGCCAAGGAUAUCCCUGACGAUGCCGAGUCCAAGCUUGACGAAGCAAAGAAUGUAGUCACCGAUCUGGCCCAACUCGAAGGUCUUCCCGUCUCUGAUGGCGGCGUGAUCAAGAACUCUUCUGGUCAGGUCGUUGGCAAGAUUGUCGAAGGUGACCCCGAGGACCUUAUUGGAUACACCCUCAACGACGAUGGCGAGGUUGUUGAUGAUGAGGGCGAUGCUAUUGGUCGCGUUGAGCUGCUUCCUGUCGAAGAGCAGGAGAAGAACAUCGAGGACGCCGCUGGAGACGUCACCGAGCAGGUUAAAGGGGCUCAUGAGGAAGUUGAUGAUGACUUUGAAGAUGCCGAAGAUGGCCUGCCUACCGAUAAAGUCAAGGAUGCUGCUGAUAAUGCCGCCGAUGAGGCUGGAGAUGCUGUCGAUGACGCUGAAGAUGCGGUGGAUGAAGCCGGUGAUGCUGCUCCUGAUGUCGACGAGGCCAAGGCCACCGCUGAAGACACUGUUGACGACGCUAAAGAUACUGCCGAAGAUGCAGUCGACGAAGCGGAAGAGGGCGCUGGUGAUGUCGCUGAUCAGGCUGAAGAUGCGGUUGACGAAGCUGGUGAUGCCGCACCUGAUGUCGACGAAGCCAAGGCCACCGCUGACGACGCUGUGGACGACGCCAAAGACACUGCCGAAGACGCCGUCGAUGACGCAGAAGACGCCGCUGAAGAUGCUGCCGAGGAGGCCGAGCUGCCCAUUCCAGACCUUGACACCCUUGAAGGCCUCACUUGCAACAAGCGCGGCUAUGUGAUCGACCAGGCCACCGGUAAGCCCAUUGGUGAGCUCAUUGAAGGUGACCCCAAGAAGAUCUCCCGACUGAAGGCUACCCUCGACGACAAGGGUCAGUUCUGGGACAACCGCGGCAACGUUAUUGGCAAGGUCAAGGCUCUCCCCGUUGAAGACGAGAACGAUGAGGAGGGACCCUUCGCUGGUCUUGAGGGUCUCGUUGUCGGCCAGGAUGGCUGGAUCGAGGACGAGAACCAGACCCGUGUUGGCAAGCUUGUUGAAGGCGACGCCAAGAAGCUACUUGGUCGCGGUGUCGAUGAGGAUGGUGAAAUUCUCGAUCGCCAUGGCAGCGUGAUCGGCCGUGCUGAACGCUACGAUGAACCUGAGCCCGAAGAAGAGGCUGCUCCUGAUGUCUCUGUCCUUGACGGCAUGCACUGUAACAAGGCUGGUUACGUGAUCGGCUCUGAAGGCUUCCCCAUCGCCCGCCUCGUCGAGGGUAACCCCAAGGAGCUCGCCGGCAAGAAGAUCGAGGAUGGUCAGAUCUAUGACGGCAAGAAGGUUGUUGGUCGUGUCGAGCUUAUCCCCGAAGACGAGCUUGAGAGCAAGUCCGAAGGUCCCUUCGCAGGCAUGGAGAGCCUAGUCGUGACCAAGGAUGGCUUCGUCGAAGAUGACGACGGUGCUAUUGUGGGUAAGUUGAUCGAGGGUGACGCUAAGAAGCUCCGUGGUCGCUGUGUCGAUGAGGAUGGCGAGAUUACCGACAAGUACGGCAAUGUGAAGGGUCGUGCUGAGCCCUACGAGCCUCCAGAGGAGGAGGCCCCUCAGGAAGUCGAUCUCUCUAUCCUCGAGGGCAAGGUUGUCAACAAGAGCGGCAAGGUCGUUGACCCUGCCACCGGCGCUGUCUUCGGUCGCGUUGUCGAGGGUGACAAGCGUCUUGCCGGUCGCAAAGUUGACGGCAAGGGCCAGAUCUGGGGCGACGACGGCAAGAUCAUCGGUCGUGCCGAGCUCAUCCCCGGCGCAGAGCAGGAGAAGGCCGAAGGUCCGUUCUACGGCUUCGACAAUGCUGAGGUUGGCAAGGACGGUGUCGUCGUCUCCGGUGACCGCAUCAUCGGACGUGUCAUUGAAGGCAAUGCUAAGCGUCUUCUGGGUCGCAAGGUCGAUGAGGAUGGUGAUAUUUCUGACAAGAACGGCAACACCAUCGGAAAAGCCGAGCGCUGGGAGCCAGAAGAGAAGAAGCGAGACAUCAACCCCAUGUCUGGUCGCAAGGUCAACAAGGAGGGUGAGGUACACGAUGCCGAUGGCAACCUGAUUGGCAAGUUGACCUCUGGCAACCUGGCCACUUUGGUCGGCAAGACCAUCGACGAUAACGGUUUCGUGGUCGACAACGAUGGCAACAAGCUCGGCGAAUGCACUCUCUUGGAGAACAUUCCCGAAGAGGAAGUCGAGGAAGGCCCUACUGCUGAAGAGCAGGAGACUCAGGCCAAGGCUGAGCAGGAUCGCCAGUUGGCCGAGAAGAUGUGUCACAUCUUGCGCCAGACGCUUGAUCAAGUCAAGCCCGUCUGCAAGCAAAUCACCGACCGCCUUGAGCAGGCCGACCGCACUCCCAAGGACGAGCUCGAUGAAGAGAAGUUGGUCAAGGAUGUCAAGCCCCUGAUCGAAGAGGGCGGCCGCAUCCUCCAGGAGUGCAAUGGCUCCAUUCGUGCUCUCGAUCCCGAUGGUCGCAUCGCUGCCACCGCGAAGGCCCGUGCUUCCACACGCGAUGCCACCCCCGAGGAAUACCAGCUGGCCGAGAUGAUCAAGGAGCUGACUGAGACCGUGGUGAAGACGAUUGAUAACGGCAAGAAGCGCAUUUCCGACAUGCCUCACGCCAAGAAGAAGCUGAACCCACUCUGGGCUCUGCUCUCCGAGCCGCUGUUCCAGAUCAUCGCUGCUGUUGGUCUUUUGUUGAACGGUGUUCUCAGCCUGGUUGGCCGUCUGCUUGAUGGACUUGGCCUCGGUGGUCUCUUGAACGGCAUUCUUGGUGGUCUUGGACUCGACAAGUUGAUUAACAACCUCGGUCUGGGAGGCUUGACUGAUGCUUUGGGCCUUGGUGGCAAGAAAUAAGUUGUUUCAUUAUUCGUGGAUUGUUUGAAUCUGUGUUUGGUCAGCGCUGUUUGUGUUCCUUUUUCUGUCCUUUGGAAAACGAUUCCUUGGUGUAUUGUUUAUAAGUCUUGCUUCUGAUCUGGAUUUCACUGUUACUGUU